UCCGACACCACAUCCAGUCUGGGCUCCUGACUAAACUCCUGAUUAACUCUGGAUACGCGCAGACAGACAAAACAAACUCAGUUGGACUCCGGGCCAGAGAGAGACUGUUCUCUUCUAUUCCACUUUCCUCAAGUCUCAUCUCUUCCUGUAUGGAGUGAAUCGGUCCAUUGUGAAGCCACUGUGAGCAGAGACAGCCUGAUGCAGGUGUGGAGAUGAGUGUGUGUGUGUGACCGAGGCCAUGGGAGUGGAGAGACUCUGGGCUCUAACUGUCACCGCUGCGGCACUGCUCUCUCUACUGGGUAUCGGCGUGUCUGCAGAGCCGGUGGUUCGGGGGCGAGUGGGCGGGACUGCGGAGCUGGACUGUAGUCUUGCCCCGCCCCCCUCCUCCUCCUUCUCCUCUCCGACCGGCGACCCCCCCACGCCCCCCAGGAGGAGCAAUGGCAACCCUCCCUCCAGGAUCACCCCGACCAUACGCCCCUCGAGGGCCCCCGUCACGCCCCCGCUGCACGUGGUGGAGUGGGUUCGACUGGGACUCAAUGUGCCAGUUCUCAUCAAGUUUGGCCAGUACAGCCCACGCCUGCACCCCAACUACAAAGGGCGUGUGUCUCUGAGCGGAGCAUCUCUGCGUAUCGACUCCUUAUCGCUGCAGGAUGAGGGCUGGUUUGAGUGCCGCAUCCUGCUGCUCGACCGCAAGACAGACGAGAUGCAGAACGGAACGUGGACAUUCCUCUCCAUCACAGCGCCCCCUAGCUUCGUGCGUCCUCCGCCCUCAUUGGUGGAGGUGUUGCUUGGCGACCCCCUGACGCUCAGCUGCAGUUCCCAUGGCAACCCCAAACCAUCGGUGGCCUGGAGGAAAGACGGAGCACCAGCAGAGGACACACACCCCGCAGUCAAGGUGCAGAACGGAACGUUGUCCUUGGAGACGGUUACCAGGGAGACGGCCGGUCUGUACAUGUGUCACGUGUCCAACUCAGAGGGAAACCUCACACACACCACACAGCUGCACGUCAAGGGUCCUCCUGUGAUCCUGGCCUCCCCUGAGGACACGGUCAUGAACAUAUCCCAGGAUGCAUUGCUACAGUGCCAGGCCGACGCCUACCCCUCCAACCUGACGUACGAUUGGCUGAAGGACGGAGACAACAUCUACCACAUCGACUCCCUGAAGUCUCGUGUGCGUGUGAUGGUGGACGGAACUCUGAUGAUCUCGUCGCUGGCCCCAGAGGAUGCUGGGAACUACACCUGCCUGCCCACCAAUGGGCUACUGACCCCGCCCUCCGCAUCCGCCACGCUCACCGUCAAACACCCGGCCCGUGUGGUGCGUAUGCCGCGUGAGACCUACCUCCCUCUGGGCAUGACGGCCACCAUCCCCUGCCCUGUGGAGGCCACGCCCCCUAUGCUGUACGUCAACUGGACUAAAGACGGAGACACACUGGACCUCGAACAGUUUCCUGGUUGGAUGGUGAACUCGGAGGGUUCGGUCUUCAUCACGACAGCCAAUGAGAAUGCAGUGGGCGUGUACACCUGCACACCUUACAACAGCUAUGGGACCAUGGGCCAAUCAGAACCCACGAAAGUCAUACUACAGGACCCCCCCUCGUUCUCGGUCCCCCCCCGUGCGGAGUAUCUUCAGGAGGUGGGGAGGGAACUGAUGGUGCCCUGCGUAGCACACGGAGACCCUGCACCCAAUAUCACCUGGAGCAAGGUGGGUUCCGCUCCGCGUUCUGCCUUCUCCGUCUUGGCUAACGGUUCUCUGCUGCUCGCACCGCUCAGUAAGGACCACCAGGGGGCCUGGGAGUGCAGCGCUAGCAACCGCGUAGCAACCAUCACCGCAGUGACCACCCUGCUGGUACUGGGUACUAGUCCCCAUGCCGUGACAUCAGUGUUGGUCGUCCCCGAUAUGCACGAGGCCAACGUCACCUGGCAACCAGGCUUCGACGGAGGAUACACACAGAAGUUCAGCGUCUGGGUAAAGCCGACCUCUCGUGGUAAGCAUGAGUGGAAGUCUGUUCCGGUCGUGUCUCCUGAGCGCCACCUACUGGUCACCGGCCUCCUAGCAGGCACCAGCUACCAGUUCAGCGUGCUGCCACACAACAAGCUGGGGUCCGGACCCUUUAGCGAGAUAGUGACCGUCACUACCACAGCCCCUCCCACCGAGGCCCCUCCCAUUGUGGUAACCACGGCAGCAGUUCUAGUUCCGGCCCCGCCCUCCUCUCUCUCGGCCAAUAGCACGGCAGAGGGCAUCCUGCUGCAGUGGGUCCCGCCCCCUGCCGAGAUCCCACCAAUCACAGGCUUCGUUCUGCAGGCCAGACUGGAUGGGGGGAAGUGGAUCACUUUAAACAGCAGCAUACACCCCAAUACCAACGGCAUGGUGGUCAGAGGAAUACACAAGGACUGUCUGUAUGACGUGAGGAUGCUGGCUCGUAGAGGCCUGAUUGACAGCCCACCCAGCGAAUCACUGAACAUCUCCACCUCAGGUAUGGAUAUGUACCCGGAGCGCUCCAGCGUGCUGGCUCUGCUUCCCGAGCCGCUAUUGGCUGGCGUCAUCGCUGGCGCCUGUUUCCUAUUGGCUGGCGUGGUGAUGUCAUUCGUCACCGUCUGCCUGAUGACACGACGCCGCGCUCGCAAGAGACGACACAGACGAGACGACCUGACUGCAGCCCUGAGGAAGAGCCCCUCCCCAGAUCCUGGCUCCCCGACCGACAGCCCUGACAGUGUGUUGAAGUUGAAGCUGUGCCCCCCCCUCUCACUCUUCCCCGGCUCCUCCUCCUCCUCCGAUCGCUCCGCCUCUUUCCGAGGCCCUCACGACGGCCAUCAUCAUCAUCAUCACCAUGGCAACAGCUCAGGAGGUUACCGAGACGACGCGCGUCGGCAGCUGCUGUCUGCCUCUAGCUCCUCCCCGCCGCCGCGCUACACCUGUUUCGAGACGCACCUGGGGGGGGCGCCGUCGCCACAUCGGGCCGCUCUGGAGGCCAUCGCACGCGGACCGGACGGACGCUUCCAGGUGGCGACCUAUGACCCCGACGCAGGGCCCUCCCCCUCGCAGGUCCGCGGCCCACAAUCCUCCCCGGCGAAACCCAGCCGCUCGGCCUCCAGAACCGGCUCGGGGUCCGGAGCGGGCUCGGGGUCGGGGACCGGGUCGUUCCGAGACUCCCCCAGCCUGCUCGACACGGACAGCGAGAAGAGGGGGUCCCCUCUGACACUCAAUGGGUCUCCCAACCUGCAGAAGCUGGUGCAGUCUCCAGGUCGCGUGCGGGCUCUGGCGCGGCACCUGUCCCUGUCGCGGGCCGGACGCGGCUGCCUGAGUCUGGACGGGGAGCGGGGGGGCGGGGCCUCGGAGGCUCUCCUCGACGACGACCCGCGCGCCUCCUUCUGCUCCGACGGCGCUAACGCUAACGAGAGACGCGUACGCGACUCCCUGCGCCGCUGCCAGCCCCUCGGUUACCACGACAACCUGCUCUCGCGACGACCCGGAUACCAGCCAAUGGAGAGCCUGCUCAGCCCCAGUAGCACCUCCCACUCCCUGCAGCAGCCAAUGGACAGCCAGCUCAGCCCCAGCAGCACGGGAAUCACCCUAUUGGAGCCGGACAGCCUGAGCGUCAGCCAAUCGGGCAGAGAGAGGCGGAGCCUGAGCGAGGGCCGAGAGAGAGACAGGAGCAGGAGAGAGCGAGACAGCCGAGAGAGAGACAGCCUGACCCAGUGUCUGCGUCUGGCGCAGGAGAGACAGGAGAUGGAGAGGGAGCUGGAGAGUUACGCCUCGGGGCGUCUGGGGGGGCGCGAGCUGGAGAGCUACGCCUCGGGGCGUCUGGGGGGGCGCGAGCGGCCGCUAGCGGGCUGGGAGGACGGGCGCAGAGCUAAGUCUGUUAGCCCCAUGCGGAGUAGCAGCAGCAUCCACAGCCCCGCCCCCGCGCCCACGCCCCUGCAGCAGGAUCCAGGAGACCCCGUAUGGAAGCCACAGGAGGUGAACCUGCGUCGGCAGCGUCCGGCCAGCUUGGCAGCGCGUGCGACUGCAGACUACCGUCGGGGGUGUUACUUCGGGAGCACCAGUAGCCCCGUGGAGCAGCCGGCUGAGACGCGAGGUGGAGGAGGGGGGGGCAGGACGAGCGCGAUGAUGCACCCCCACCCCCCCUCCUCGCACCACCACCACGCCUACAUCCCCUGGGACAUCAGCCCGGUCAGCUCCCCCACCUCACAUGUGCCACCCCCUCACCAUCCACCUCCUCCUCCUCCUCCCGCCGUGCUGAGCCUGUCCGAGGGGAACACGCCCCCCCACGCCCUGCGGCCGCUCUCGCCCUUCAGAACGCCGCGACCUGGUGACCAGCGACCCCUCUCGCCCUUCAGCCCACGUCUCGGGGAAGAAGAGUUCGAGAACAGCGGAGGGUCACAACGUCACCUGCGGCCCGUCUCCCCUCACGCCUUGCGGCCGGUCUCCCCCCACGCCUUGCGGCCCGUCUCCCCCUACACUGAACACUCCCCCCGCUCCCCUGCCGACCAGCUCACCUCCCGCUCGCUCCCCGCCUCCUCCCCCUCCCCCUCCCCCUCUCCUGCCGACCUCAACUGGGCCAGGAGUCCGCGACCAGGAGACCCAGAUCGUGAUCGACGACCAGGAGACCCGGAUCAUGAUCGUGCUCGUGCUCGUGAUCGGGGCCGCUCCCCCGAGAGGUCAGAGGUCAGCAGGUACCAGGAGCAGCAGCAGCGGGAGCGUGAGAUGGCCCCGCCCCCCCAAGGUGGUAGCGACCCCUCGCUGCUGUCGGUGUCUGAGCGCGUGCAGCGCAUCGAACGUUCCGUCAGCCCUCGUCCGACCACGCCGAGCCCGGGAGGGGGAGGGGCACCCAGCCGCCCCACCUCCGUCUUCCACGGGCGCCCCACAUCUCCUCCUCCUCCUCCGGUGGCCAUCGGGCCAGAUGCGGCACGCACGCGGCCCGGACGCAGCGCUUCAGGAUGCUCUACGCUGCCCUACGACCAGCAGAGGAGAGACAGGAGGCAGCAGCAGCAGCAGCAGCAGCCCGCGGAGGAGGUCCAGUCUAAGCCGUCUCCGCGUGGCGUCCUGAGCGUCGAGGAGCAUCUGAGUGCGUCCGCCCUGCCGGACCCCGAUCGGGAGGCGUUGAGGGCGCGUUCCCGCCGCAGCGAGCAGGCGCAGUUCGAGACCCCCUCCUGCCGAGCGUCUCCGCUCCUAUUGGACGAGCCAGAGGACCAGAGCGACGCCUCCAUCUUCUCCUCACGCAUGUCGGAGUCGCUGAAGGCUCGUUUGGCUCCGCCCCCUGCUCGCAUGUCACCCGUGCAGACCAGCGCCAUCUUGGAAUACCUCAGCAUGCCGGGCUUUAUCGAGAUGAGCGUAGACGACGACCCACAAGGGCAGGGCAGUGCCGCCUCACGUUCUGGCGAGGACGAUGAAGAUGGUGAUGAUGAUGAUGAUCACGACGGCUCGUCUCUGCUGACGGGAGAACCUGACGUGGUGCCCAGGAACUGGGAGACACACACGCUGGACGCCGGCUCCCCGCCACACACACACACACACACGCAGGAAGCCAGCUCCCCGCCCUCGGAGCUCGACAGAGAAGGAGGCCGCGGGGCUCCUGUCAUCAACACCGGCAAAUCAAGCUCUCCAGAGGAACUGGGAUCCAGGGGAACCCACCACAGGGACACCCAGUCCAGAGACACUGCGUUCAGGGACGACCAAUCCAGGCAUGACCCCUCCAGACACUCCCCCUCCAGGGACUCCCUCUUCCAGCUGCCUGCUGCCGGGUUGGGUCGGGUCGGGCCGCCUGAGUCCCGGUCCUCCAGCACGCUGCCUCUGCUGUCCCCUCUCAAGUCUCUGAGUCCGGCUCGCCACCAGGCCCAGCGGAGCGGUUCCGGUUCCGGUUCCGGACUGGCCCAGUCCCUCGUCAGCGCCGCGCGAUCCGUCGCCGCCAUCGCCUCCCGAGACCCCGCCCCUUCGGAACACCUGCCCCUGCAGGAGGCGGGGCCAGCCAGGGACGACGACGGGGAGGAGGAGGAGGAGGAGGAGGAGUCGACGAUGAGGACGAGGAAAGAGCCAAUGAGCAGGGAGCGUUCUCCGGCCUCGCGGGCCAAUAAGAUCGCCUCGCGCAUCUACCAGGCGCCGCUGCUGCCCUUCAUGAGGAAGUCCUUCAGCAUGGGGCCCAAUAAGAGCUCUUCCUUCAGCAUGGGGACCAAUCAGGGGCCGCCACACGCCCCCUUUGGCCCGCCCCCGAGGCCCUUCGCCGCGCCCCAUAGGCCGUUCCUCAGGAAGUCUCUCAGCCUGGUCGCGCAGCGCUGGGAACCUCUGGAGGAUGCCCGGCCCUAUGUCACCGACAGGUACCUCCGAGAUGACCCCCACCUCCCCCACCCCCACCCGCACCUCCACCCAGACCCCCGCCACAAGGCCUACUCCCUGACCAGAGGACCCUCCUCCUCCUCCACCUCCUCCACCUACGGACUCCCCAGACCUCCCUGGCAGGCUCCCGGCCCCGCCCCCCACCCUGCUAGUCUGGAGAGACCCCCCCCAGCAGAGAGGACGCCGUACCCUCUAGACGCCCAGUACCCUGGGGAGUACCUAGCCCCACCCCCACCGCACCCUGCCGACCGGCCCCACCCCAUGGAGAGACUCCACCCAAUGGACCGGCACUUCCCCCCUGAUCACCCAAUCAGCAGACACUUCCCCCCAGACCAUCCAAUCAGUAGAGGUUAUCCCCCAGACCAUCCAAUCAGCCGACACUUCCCCCCAGACCAUCCAAUCAGUAGAGGUUAUCCCCCAGACCAUCCAAUCAGCCGACACUAUCCCCCAGACCAUCCAAUCAGCAGGUCCUAUCCCCCAGAUCUCCAGCCCCCGAUGCCUAGAUCCUUCUCAGUAGAUCCCCCGUACCCAAUGGAGAGACACUACCCAAUCGGCAGUACAUGUCCCCCUCCCCCCUGCCCCACCAUCACGACCCCCCCGCAAGGCGACUCGACCCUCCCCAUCCCCAUCCCCAUCCCCAUCCCCACGCGUCGCGACUGGCCGCCAGACUCCCGUCGUCAUGGCGCCGUGUUCCCGGACGCGUCGCGCUGCCCUUUGACCUACGAGGAGACGUUGCGUGCGGCGCAGCAUAAGUACGUUCCGCUGUCGCCCUCCUUCCCCCUCGGCUCCCCCCCCCCCAGACACCCCCACCCGCGCUUCCGGACGCCCUCGGAGCCCCGCAGGGGCGUGCUGCUGCCGCGUGUUCACAGCUGGACGCCACCACCCUGCUUGCCCUCACCCCACCCCCACCCUCCCCCUCCCCCUCCCCAACACUUCGAACAGCCCCGGGAGAUCAGCGUGGGGGGGCUGUUGCCACGGGAACUCGGGGUGGGCGGGCUGUUGCCGCGGGAGGUGGAGUAUCUUCGCGAGCGCGACAGGGGGGAGGGCGGUCGCUACACGAGCUACGCUAGUCAGAGCAGCGGCCGCGGUAGCGUGGGGCCCUACGGAACGCCGCUGCACCAUCCCCACGGAACAUUCCGCCAGUCGGUCGCCAUGACUCCCACUCACCAGCUGCUGGGGUCUCCGGAACUCCCGGCCGAGGAGCUACGCCACAGAUCGGGUCAAAGGAGGAACACGUCUGUGGACGAGAGCUACGAAUGGGACUCGGCUGAGCAGUGUGUGGACGCGGAGGCGGAGCCUGAACGGGAGGGGGAGGGGCAGGGGCGGAUGUGGGCGGUGUCAGACGUGGCCACACAGGGGGGGCCACAGGAGAAGCACGUGGUCGUCAUCAGCAGCAGUGACCCCCCCUCCUCACCACCGCCUUCGCCCCCCUCACCCCACCACCACACCUACGGCAAAGGCAUCUCCUCUCCUCCUCCUCUAAUCCAACAUGGCGGCUCCCUAAGUGACGCUCGCUUCGCCGCGCUCCGCAUGGAGUACCUGGAGUUCCGCCGUUCCCAGGAGCCCUCCACUUCCUCUUCCUCUUCCCGCCCCCUUCAGCACCGCUGCCCCUCCCCCGACUCCGACUCCGACUCCAACUCCGCCCUCCUUUGACAGCAACAACCAACCACGUGCCUCCUCUGACAUGACCAACCAAUUACGUGCCUGCUUCACCCUUCUGCAUGAACAUUCUACAGGUUUGGCUGGUGGCGAUGAGGAGCCGUUGCUAUGCCGACUGGGCGACGAGGAGCCGUUGCUAUGCCGACUGGACACUCCCCUGCAGGACUGGGCCGCUAUGCCAGAGACGCUGUGCUGAAGCCCCGCCCCUUUACGCAGAACAAGGGGCGGUCCCUGUAAUUAUCCACUCCCCCUAGACUCAAGACUGUCACAAAGUGAUCGCAGGAAUAUACACACACACACUUUCUCAUUCACUCACACGCGCGCACAC